UCAUUGAUGUCCAUGGUGAGCUUGACGUCUUCAUUUGGGUGUGACGAUGGAGACUUUCUACAGCUGCCCCUUAGUUGGCACUUCCGUGUGAUGUUAUUUGUCCUUUCCCUCACCCUCACAACCAGCACUUUCAUCUGGCUCAUCCACAGCACAGGACUAAUCUACAUGUUACCUGUCAGCUGGUACUUCAUAGACAUGGUUGUGUACUCAGUAUUUUCUUUCCUGUAUCUGGUCGGAUCGUCACUUGUGGCGAGCGCCUUUGACUUCUAUCAGAAAAUGGGCAGCGAUGUUCCUGGCUCAACUAUCAAUAAACUCAUAUUCUGUGUGGUCAUCGGCUAUAUCUGUAUGUUUGUAUACGGCCUUACGGCGCUGGUGGGGUACCGACGAUGGAGAAUACAAAACAGGUUGUUCAAGAGAAGACGCUUACUAGAGGAAGAGGAAGAUCUGGAGAUCUAGUCCAGAUCAGUGAUCACCUCAGUGGAUAAAGCAGCUGUAACUUGUUUUGACUAGUAGGGGUAACAGUGUACAUAACUGUACUGAAGACUGGAACUGAACAUCUAGUGGAGUUACAGUGUACAUAACUGUACCGAAGACUGGAACUGAACAUCUAGUGGAGUUACAGUGUACAUAACUGUACCGAAGACUGGAACUGAACAUCUUGUGGAGUUACAGUGUACAUAACUGUACCGAAGACUGGAACUGAACAUCUAGUGGAGGUACAGCUUACAUAACUGUAUUCAAGACUGGAACUGAACAUCUAGUGGAGUUGCAGUGUACACAGCUGUACUGAAGAAUGGAACUGAACAUUUAGUUAAGGGCAAUAGAAGUCAUUGUUGAGCUGAGGAGAUAUUUUAAAUAUAAAGGGUCAGAAUCAAAUGAUACAAUUUGGCCCAAAGACAGUCAAAUAUAAAACAGAUUAAUCGAGUCUUCCCCUACCUUGAGGUUAUGACAGACAAAUCUGAGGGCUGAUAUUGUAUCAUUUGUCUGACGCAUGUUUUGCCAAGUAAUUACCCGAGUGAUAAGCUUAUCAUUUCAUGCUAAAACGGGGGACACACACGUGAUAGGCAGAUAAUUCAUAAUGUCUGCC